AUUUUUUUAUUUUUAUUUAUUUUCACAUUUAAUAAAAGUUUGGUGGGGUGUGGGAGAAGAAUAAAGAGGGGGUUUUUAAUUUUGUUUAAUUUUCUCAUGUUGCCUUGACAACUUUGAAAAUAUAGUUUUUGCUUUUAUUAAAUUUUAUUUUUAAAAUGCCCAAUUUAAAUGGAAACCAAGAAAUAAUAAGAGGACCAAUUUCUGAAGCAGAAUUACAUGAAAAAGAAUUUGUUACACCUGAAGAUGUUUUACGAUUAAAUUGUGUUACUGAAGGGUUUCUAUGCCGCCCAGAAGACAAUAUUUAUGAUAUUGAAUUUGUACGCUUCAAAGUGCGUGAUAUUGAUUCUGAAACUGUUCUUUUUGAGAUAAACAAGCCUGACGAAAACGAUUCGGCCACAGAAGACGAUACAAAUUCACAAGAACAAGCAACAGAAAAUUCUAAUGGAGGGGAGGAAGAUGCGACAGACAACCAUGAUGAUGAAAAGACGUUUACUCCCCGUUUUAUUCGUUAUUAUUUUAAGCCGUCGUUUUUACGACUUCGUCAUAUUGGAGCAACUAUGGAAUUUGUGGUAGGCGAUAAACCUGUCAGCAAUUUUAGAAUGAUUGAACGCCACUAUUUUCGUGAUCGACUACUAAAAAGCUUUGAUUUCGAUUUUGGUUUUAUCAUUCCAAAUUCACGCAAUUCAUGUGAGCAUAUUUACCACAUGCCGAGAUUAAGCGAUUCUUUGAUCGAGGAAAUGCUUAAUAAUCCUUUUGAAACAAAAUCUGACAGCUUCUACUUUGUCGACAACAGACUAAUUAUGGUAUAUUUUUUAAAUUUUUUUUAA